AUGGACAAAGGUGACAUGCAACGAAGUGUAGAAAGCUUACGACAUCAACUAAAUAUUCAGAGAUUGCCCGUAUCACAAUCAGCAAAUGAGAUAAAACGAUAUAUCGAGGGGCAGCAAGAGAACGAUCCGUUAGUUAAUCCAGUUGAUAAGCGAUGCAAUCCUUGGGCUGAAAAGUCGAAAUGUCAAAUUCUAUAA